CCUUUUAGAUCCUAGAUGAGCGAAACGCUCCGUGGAAUGAAGAUCAGUUUCUAACCGUGAACAGCAGAACAGUUGGACCUGCUGUGCGAUGGACAAAAUGCUGCGUUUUGUGUUUUUACUUCUCCUGGGAAUCUACAGCACUGAAGCUGUGACCCAUUCUAUGAAAUAUUUCUACACUGCAUCUUCUCAAGUCCCAAACUUCCCAGAGUUUGUGACUGUUGGGUUGGUUGAUGAUGUUCAGAUGGUUUACUAUGACAGCAACACACAGAAAGCCGAACCAAAACAGGACUGGAUGAGGGACAACAUGGAUCAGCAGUACUGGGAGAGUCAGACUGGAAUCUUUCUGGGUGCCCAGCAGACCUUCAAAGCCAACAUUGAAAUCUUAAAGCCACGCUUCAACCAAACUGGAGGUAUUCAUGUUUUUCAAUUGAUGUAUGGCUGUGAGUGGGAUGAGGAGACUAAAGCAAAAAAAGGUUUCUGGCAGUACGGGUAUGAUGGAGAGGACUUUGCAGCCUUUGACCUGAGCACGAAGAAAUGGACCGCUCCAACACCUCAAGCUGUCAUCACCAAAAACAAGUGGGACAGAGACAUAGGUUUUAUUACACAGGCAGAUACCUACCUCAACCAGCUAUGUCCUGAUUGGAUAAAGACAUAUAUGAACUAUGGAAAGACUUCACUCAUGAGAACAGAGAAACCCUCAGUGUCUUUCCUCCAGAAGUCGUCAUCCUCUCCAGUCAACUGCCACGCUACAGGUUUCUAUCCUAAUAAGGCUGAAAUGUUCUGGAGGAAAGGUGGAGAAGAGAUUCAUGAGGGUGUGGACAAAGGAGAGAUCCUCCCUAACAACGACGGGUCAUUCCAGAUGAGUGUUGAUCUGGAUCUGUCAUCUGUCCCAACUGGAGACUGGAACAAGUAUGAAUGUGUGUUUCAGCUCUCUGGAGUCGAUGAAGACAUCACCAAAAAACUGGAGAAAAUCUUGACCAAUGAAAGGGAUUGGACCAUUAUAAUCGUCAUUGCAGCAGUGAUUAUUGUUGCCAUUGCUGUCAUUGUGGUGGGAAUCAUUUUCAGAGAGAAGAUCAGUGAGAAACUAUGCCCCAAGCGCCCUCCAACUCCAAUUGAUAACCGGGAAGUCGAAGAGGAAAUGAUUCCAAAAUGCAACAAAACAUAGGCAGCAAUGCACACAGUUGGUGAAUAAGGUUUGCCCUGAAACAAUCAACGACAUCACCAUAUUCUCCUCCACAAUCUGGGGAUUAAUUUGUCGUCAUUCAUUAUUUAAAUCAGAUUGUUUUUAUCACAAAUCAAACAUUUGUAAAAAUGCCAAAUGAGUUUCAUAGUUUGAGGCAUAAUUUCAUCUGGUAAAUUAUUGAAAUGUUUGUCUAAUAACUCAUUAUUAGCUCAUUAUUGUCUGGAGAAACACAAAUUGUUCAAAUUUAAUACAAGUAACAAAAAAUGUUUUACCGAUAGUUUUAAGUAUGUUGACACCUUUCCAUUACUUUUUAUUAAGGUAAUUGUUUUUGUUGCCAGAGGUUACUGUAAAUAAAUGAAUAAUAAUUAUAGAAGAGACAAAAUUAUAAGAGUAUAAUCACAUAUCCAUUAGAAAAGACUUUUUUUUCUCUAGAGAUUGACACCUUGAUAUAUUUUUGGGUAAUGUGGUGAUACAGUGCCGACCAUUCAUGUUUAAACUGGAGAUUAAAAAGUUGUCCUAUCCAGUGCCUCACCCACUGUUAAAAAUAGGCACCAGCAUAAGCAGGUAUGAAAAAUUAAAGGAUUUUAAAUAUUCAUUAUUACUGUUUUGAGAUAAAUGUCUCUGUGUUGGUAAAAUUCUCUGAUUUGGUGAGUUAGCAAUAGCAUCAGUACCUUGACUCUGAUUUUCAGGUCACACUUAAUUGUGCAUGUAAAUAAUAUAUAUUUACGGAGAAUGUAAUUUAAAUCGGAAUAAAGUGACACACAAACAACAGAUUUCUAAUGUUUAAAGAUUACAAAAAAGAAUAAUAGUACCUCUUAUUUUGUCCCAACAUGUAAAUAUCUUUGCUGGAGUUUUUUUCCAUCAGCUGGGUUUUGAUUUUGGUAAGCUCUGGGUAAAGUGAAACUUUGAUACCAUGUUCAACAAUAA